ACAUGCGUUCAGCUUGCCUAAAAUUAGAUGAGAACAAGAACUAGGGAAACUUUUUCCGGUAGAAAGCGUGAGCUUAGUUGGUAAGCUCACUGUUAAUAUAUUAAUAUUUUCAGAUAAAUAUAUAUAUAUUUUUUUGUUUUUUGUUUGUUUUGAGUGACAUCUGGGAGCUCCGGUGUGUCUGUGUGUCGCGGCGCCGUCUCUCCAGCAGCCUCUCCCGGUCAGACAUGCAGCGGGCCCCGGGCGGAGCUCCGCAGCCUCGGCCGCUGUUCGGAGGAGCUCUGUCAGCCGUCCUCCCUCACACCUCCGUGGACACCAGCCAGCUAAGGGAGAUCCCGGACAACCAGGAGGUGUUUGCACAUACGCACACGGACCAGAGCCUGAUCGUGGAGCUGGUGGAGUACCAGGCUCAGGUGUCAGACCAGGACGCAGCCAGGUAUCACUUUGAGGACAUCGCGGGCAGUAACAAGGCUUCAGAGCCAGAUAACUUCCAGGUGACAGGUAUUGAGCCUGUGCCUCAGUCUGACCUAUCCCUGUCAGACUGCAGCUCCGCCUGCGUGCUGACCGGGACUCAGUGCGUGUCCAAAUUUAACGAAGAAGCUAAAAACACUGUGACCAUACACCUGGCUGUGCUCCGCCUGCCUCGCUUCUCAACAGACAUCCUGAUCAGCUUCAACGACCCUCAGAGCAUCAGCCCCUCCAGCAGCAGUGCAGCUUCAGCGGAGACACACUCACAGCCCUGGAUCAUGCACGACUUCCAGCGCCUGCUGCAGACCCUGACCCUGCACGACCCUGGCCUGUUCGGAUAGAACAAACACUGAUCUCUGUGUGGGGGCUCACCUGAGCACAGGUGUAGUCUUAGGACUGUGCUGUUCUUUGAAGGGUUGUCACAUUACCAGAUCUUUCAACUCCGAUAUGAUAUUAGUAAAAAUCAAACGAUUUGUUUACCAAAGCAACAAAAAUAAAAGUCGGCAACACAUAUGGAUACUGGAACUGCAGGCCAGCUCUUUGAUUCUGUCUAAACAUUUAGACUUUGCUCUUUCUCUUUCUCUCAUACUUCAGCUGCAGCUUUGGGAUCAAAAUCUGACUCUCAAUCUGACUGAAGAUCUGAAGUUUGUGGUAUCAAAAAGUAUCAAAGUUUUGACACCAUUAGUGCUUUGAGGUCUUUAAACACCUGACUCACAGCUUUGCCCUGAUUGGUUCCCAACCAUAGACUGUUAAUAUAGUUUCCAACACACAAAGAUAGUCAGCGGUCCUUUGAUGCUGUCUCUGCUGUGAUGACACGAAGGAAAACAUGUUCUGUUCUGUGUUUGACCCUGACUGAAAAUCAAACGUAUUCUGAUAAGAUAUUUUUGUUAUAAUAAAAGUUAAAGAUAAACGUCUCGUA